AUGGAUUCUUCUUCGAGACACCAGAGUAUACCUACGAUCCCUAACCCAACCUUCUUCGUCACGGAGCCAGCGGAGAAACAAUUGAACAGAGGUUUCAGCGUGCCAGCACUUGCUUCACCUAAACGUGGUUACAAGAAGCCUUCUAAGCCUCGGGAGUUUGCAAAGAGUGCCAGGAAGCGUCAAUCCGUAUUGGCCCUAGAUAUCGAGACUGAUUCAGAUGUCCUGCUAGCCAAUUGCCAUGCUGAGAUACAAAAGAUGCUUGAAGCAUGGUGUAUGGUUACUGGUGAAGUGAAGGCGGAAGAGGAUCAAGUACCAGUUGACAUUUUAGCGGCCAUUGAAUCCACCACAAAAACAAUACAAUCUGUAAAGAACUACUCUAUGUAUAAAGAAGACUUAUCAGAUGAUGCACUCAUCAAGGUUAGAGCGGUGGCACUAGAAGUUCUCGAGAUGAUCAGCGAAUUGGAGAAAGAGCAUCGGGAUGAUGAUACAGACGAUAGCAGUAGCGAAGAUGGUCACAUAUAUAAGGAAUCGAAUUAUCAAUCGUUGGAUAAACAACGAGCAGUUUUACGAAAGUACCUUCAAGUUGUGGGGGAUUGUUUAUUAUUCGAAGAUCAUGAAAGUUAUCAAGAUGUUUCGCAUCUGGGAAUAUCGACGGAAGAAGAUAAGCAAGAUAAAAGUAUGGCUUCGAUAACACCCCCCCUGUCACCUGGACAUCCAAACAGGGAUUGGGUGGAUCCGGAAGCCUUUGGCGGGAAUACCAUAUCCCGGUAUCGCGCAUUUUUGGAAGCCCAUCGUCCAUCGAAAUCUAAGCAGGCAGCCGAUUACUCUCCACUUCCCGAUCCGGUUGAUAAUAAGGCAGAAUUUUUGGCCGCUUUAGCGUAUGCAUUCUCCGUGCUCAAUUUGAUAUUCCAAAUAAGACGUUCCAAAAGACCAUUCGGUUUUAUCGAUAAAAUCCAUGAGGACACAUCAAGGACUUAUCGUGCAACCGAAAAUCUGAAGUUCUUUGCUGCUGCCGUGAAAUUCCGAUUUGACAUUAAAUUUGACCAGUUCAACGUAACAGAAGUUGUCAAACAGACCGAUACAGGCAAGAUACAUCUGGAAAAGGCGCUUGAGAUAUUUUGUGAGAAAGCAAUGCGUGAACUUAUAUCGACGGGAUCAUAUAAGCAAGUUCCCUUGUCGCGAGCAUCCUCGAUUUAUCUGCAAGAAACACUUUCAAGUUCACAGAUACGGCUUCAAGCGGCUGUCGCCAAAUUGAGCGCAAGUGAUGAUCUUGCUUCGGAGGUUAAAGAAAAACUGUUUAUCCAAAAAAGUGGAGAUGAGGACAGUUCAUGA